AAAGGAAGACAACGGUGUGUGUAGCAUUCGCUCCGUCUGUGUGUGAUUGUGUGCGCGCGUGAGUGUUUUCAUGUAGAUGUCCGGUGACAAUAGCUGUUGCUAAUUUGAUAACUUCUACUACGACACUUUACUAUACGUCAACCUGAUUUGGAACUCACCAAGUAAACGACCCUCACAAAGAAGCGCCAGCGAAACCAACCACAGCGGCCGCAGCAACCAGAGAUAACGACUGCCCUGGCGGGGACGUCCUGGCUGCGCUCUGUCGACGACAACGACAGUCAGAAGAUAAAAAAUCAAUAAGGACGGCUAUUCGGCAACGCUAAAUGGUAUAAAAAAGGAUCCCGAUGCCUGACAAACGCUCAAACUUGGGCUUCGCGAUGUCACUGACACGAAGACACGAGUACGUCUGGCGAUUAUCUACGUGAAUAGUUUGAUUACGUUAGCUCAAACGGCGUGCCCAAUCGCGGACCGGAGAGUCGUGCAGAUUCAGCUUAGCCAUCCAUAACAGAAGCUAAGAACAAUACGCAAAACAAGUAAUAUGGCUUAAUCGAGUUACCAAUCCAUCAACGAAUCGAUUUGGCUGGAACAGCUAUACAUCGAUUGAUUUUGAGUCCAUAGUGAGCCGACGAUACAAAUAAUCUUUCUGAUGAUUCUUGAAUUGGAAAACGAGCCGCCGACAAGACUUUUGGGAUCCUGAUGCAGCCAGGAAUUGAGGCCGUGAGUCGAGUCCGCUAGCAGUUGCAGGAAGAGCAAACAAAGACAAGGACGCGUCACACACCGGCGCACGGCAUGAACACGUCCUCUGUCGCUGAAUUUCAAACUGCCAGUCGCUGAGUUACAACGUCAGCGACCUCACUAGGCUCACGGACCAUAAGCUUUGAAAACUUCUCCGCCGUGUGGUAGCCGUGGUGGAACGGCGAACGCUAAACGCCGCUAGAAUUACCAUCGUCAUCGAGGACGACGAAGUUUAUUCGGUUGUCGCCUGCAAGCCUAGCGGCUGCCGCCAUCGCUAUUUUUGGUGCUGCGCAAAUCCCUGUUGAACCCCUUGUUCUUCCGGGGAUCAUGUUAUUCCUGAUAGGCACUCAGCUGAGCAGGAGUCGGCCACCGUCUACCAGGCCAAGCCCGCAAAGUCGAACUGGCAACAGCAGCGCUGACUGGGCCGAUUCGCGGCGUCUCUUCGUCUAUUCCAGCCUUCUCCUUCUCUUCGUCACGAGAUGCGCGGCUCUCCCGCCCGUCAUCAAUGUCGGAGGGCUGUUCGACAACGAGGACGACGAGCAGGACUUCGCGUUCCGCGUGGCCAUCGAGCGCGUCAAUAACGACCAAAGUAUUUUGCUCAAAUCGCGGCUAGUGCCGCGAGUGGAGCGCGUCGAGAAAGACGACUGCUUCCGGGCGACGAAGAAGGUAUGCACGCUGUUACGGGAGGGCAUCGCGGGCAUCUUUGGACCAACAUCCGACGUCACCUCGAUGCAUGUCCAGUCGAUCUGCGACGCCCUCGACGUGCCCCACGUUGAGAUGCGCUGGGACUUCCAGCUGCAACGCGAUGAUCUUUCCAUAAACCUCUUUCCGAAGCCCUCAAUUUUGGCCCAGGCUUACGUUGACCUGAUCAAGACGUGGGACUGGAAAUCAUUUGCUCUCGUCUAUGAAGACCACGAGGGUAUUAUUCGACUUAAGGAUUUUAUCAAGGGUGCUCGUCGCGAGGGCUGGAAGAUUCAGAUGUACCAGUUUGUGCCCAACGAGCCCUACAGAGAUCUCUUUUGGAAGAUCAAGAAGUCCGAACAGAAUAGGGUCGUUCUAGAUGUUCAUAGAAAAAAUCUAUACGAAUGCCUUAAACAUGCUCAGCAAGUCGGAAUGCUUACGGAAUCUCAUAGCUAUUUAAUAUCAUCCUUGGAUCUGCAUACGGUGGAUCUGGAGGAGUUUAAGUACGGACAAACAAAGAUCACCGGCCUGCGGCUAGUGGACGUCGAAUCGCCGGAACUGCAAAACUUCCUCGAUGAUUGGAAGCGGCUUGCACAGCAGCCGAAACAUGUUCGGGCACCGCCUGCUCCCGGUCCGCACCUCAUCAAAACAGAAACGGCACUCAUGUACGACGCCGUUAAAUUGUUUGCGAUGGGCCUACAACAGCUCGACCUCACCAAGGCGGUCGACUUCCCUGUGAUAUCGUGCGAUGCGGCUGAGUCCUCUUCAGACGGCAGCAGCCUUAUCAAUCUCAUGCGACCGAUAACUUUGCAGGGUCUAACCGGUGAUAUUAGUUUCGACUCGCAAGGCUUCCGUUCAACGUUCCAGCUCGACGUCAUGUCUCUCAAGACAGACGGCCUACAAAAGGUGGGCUACUGGAAUCCGAAGCAGCGGGUCGUUGUUGAGGACAAUUCAACAUCCGACUAUGACUCCCUUCGUCUUAGGAACAAAACGCUCAUCGUAUCUACUGUCCUCACGGACCCGUACAUGAUGCUGAAGGAGUCUGCCAAGUUCCUAACUGGCAACGAGCGCUUCGAAGGUUAUUGCGUCGAUCUACUGCAGGAACUAAGCAAGGACCUUGGAUUCUCAUACGAGAUCCGGCUGGCAGCUGAUGGUGCAUACGGCAUAAAAAGCGACACCGGUGUCUGGAACGGAAUGAUAGGAGAGGUCGUCUACGGAAAGGCGGAUCUUGCAAUAGCCGACUUGACGAUUACGUCAGCUCGAGAGGCAGCAGUGGACUUCACGAUGCCGUUCAUGAACACCGGCAUCUCGAUUCUAUUUAAAAAACCUACUCAAAAGGCCACCUCAUUGUUCGGUUUUCUGUCGCCGUUUUCUACAGAGGUCUGGACAUACGUGGUGGGCGCAUACCUGGGGGUAUCAUGCGUGCUUUUCCUGGUCGGUCGCAUGUCGCCCUACGAGUGGGACAAUCCUCAUCCCUGCCGCCAAAAUGACCAGGUUCUCGAAAACAGCUUUUCACUACUCAACUCCAUGUGGUUCACUAUCGGGUCUCUCAUGCAACAGGGAUCUGACCUGGCUCCUAAGGCCAUGUCGACCCGUACGGUAGCGGGUAUCUGGUACUUUUUUACACUAAUCAUGAUUUCAUCGUACACCGCCAAUUUGGCCGCCUUUUUAACCGUCGAGAAAACGGUCUAUCCAGUCGAGAGUGCCGAGGACCUCGCCAAACAAACAAAGAUCCAGUAUGGCUGUGUCAAAUCCGGCAGCACCCGAGCCUUCUUCAAGGAGUCCAAGAUCCCCACAUUUAUGAAGAUGCACAAGUUUAUGGAGGAACGCAACACCUAUGUCGCAACCUCCGCCGAAGGAAAGCAAAGAGUUAGCAAUGGCGACUAUGCGUUCCUCAUGGAAUCUGCCUCGAUCGAGUUCCUCGUCGAGAGAAACUGUAACCUAACCCAGAUUGGAAGUUUGCUCGACAAUAAAGGAUACGGCAUUGUCACCGUAAAGAACUCGCCAUUCAGACAAGUGCUAUCGUCGGGCAUCCUGCAACUGCAGGAGGCAGGAAAAUUGCACAGCUUCAAGGAGAAAUGGUGGAAGGAGCGCAAAGGAGGAGGCAAAUGCACCGACGAUACCAAGAAAUCAUCGGCAGUCACCGAACUUAGCUUAGCCAACGUAGGCGGCGUCUUCGUUGUCCUUCUACUCGGUUUGUUACUGGCAGCGUUGGUAGGCAUUGCCGAGUUCUUGUGGAAGGCGAGGUCCCUCUCAAAGGAAGACAAGGUCUCGAUUUGCUCAGAAAUGCUGAAGCAAUUGAAGUUCGCGGUCUCGUGUAGAAGCUCAACGAUGCCCGUGCGUAGCUCGAGGCAAACGCCCGAGCUUGACACCGUCGACGCUAACAAUCUCUCCAACCGAUACGGCAUCUCGACAUUGCCCUCGUUUACGUCGGACUUCUGAGUGUACGCGAUACAGCCGGACGGCGGAGCACCUCUGCCAUUAAGCGAGUAUAACGAAAAGCUCGCAUUGGAGCUAUUGGCACGUGCGUCCGGUCUGAACAGUAACAAUAAUUCAAGCAUCUGCAAGCAGAAUCCCGGCGUCGGGGCUAUCAGACUUCCGGCAACAACAGGAUUUGAAAACAAUCACUAACCUCUUGGAUGACCAUUACGUUCAAACGUUAUUGAAAUUGCGGAAGACUUAUACGAUCUGAAUGGACCGCAGUAUAGGGCAGUUGGCACUGCCUCAGCGACCGUUCAGGCCAAGGCAAAAGAGGCAGCGCGCACGAGCGCCUCGUUGUGCUGCCCAGAGUUCCGGGGGGCCGACUUUUCGGAUAUGAUCGUCCAGUUAAAACCAGUAGCACACACAAGCGACAGCAGAGUUGGGGUAAAAUGAAAACGGAGACGCUGAAGAAAUCAAAUCAGGAAACGCAGCAACAGUAUCAGACAGCUGUACUGGUCUGAUCAACAGAAGAGAUGUGCAUGCGAGUAACGCUAUUGCCAUAUGGAAUGAUCACUGUAUUGAUGUGGAUGAGGCGGGUUGCUUUUAGACUAGUCUCGAGUGCUCCGGAUAAUUAGCUCGAUGACUACGGAGAACGGAUACGAUAAAACAAAAAAAAAGCUAGCCGGGAACCCUCUCUGCCACACCACCUGAGUUAAAGAAUGUUGAUGUUCCGUUAACUCUUGCCAGAGCACUAAACGUAGCAUGGCCGCCAAUUUUAGCCCAUUUAUGUGCAAGGAAGCAUGUUCACAGUCGUACAGAAUAAGAGCAUACCAAUCGCGCACGUAUUACAGACAUUUCUUCCUCGUAGGGACCGAGCGUCGUAUACCAUGCAGACCUUACUUUUGCAAAAAAGUAUUUCAGGACAAACAUACCUACAAAGGUUCCGAAUCAAUUAUUACUAUAAUGAUUGAACGAACAGAUAAGCUUCUACUCUGCUGCACUCUAUCAUGAAGAUGAGUUCACGCUGAAUGCUGGAUUACGGAACUGACAGAGAAAGAAAGAGUUCAGAAUGAAGUAACCUAUAUGUAUGUAACCUGAACACAAGAAAGUUAGCGAGCAUUAAGGAAUUUGGUAAGCGACAUCUUCUCGAUAUCGAAGAAUGCAUUUAGAAAAGGCGAUAGCAGUAGUCAACAGCUGGACCGUCCGACGUACCUGCUUGACGCCCUUGGACUCCCGUCAUCCGGCACGCGACACCUCAGACGCAAACAUAGCGGACUCAUUCUCGGCUUCCAACAACAGCAAAAAAAGAAAAACAAAGUAAAGCAAAGCAAAAAUAACAUAGCAACAAAUAACAGUCACUGGAGUAUAGCGAUAUGAAUCAGCAGCCUCAACGGACUGUCAUCAUAGACACUUGUAUGUUCAUCACGUAGUGACAAACAAAGAAAACCAAUGAAACUAACUACGUACAGAGGAUGACUCCACAUGCCACACAAACAGUAGCACCAGUAGAUAGAAUAAAGCACUUGAGGAAGCAAACAAACAAUUAGAAGGUGAAAAAUGAUAGCAGAAAAGGAUCAAAGACAAGAAAGACCAAACAGAGACCAGAACGGCGACUAUGGCAUCGCCGGCAGAGACGCUUUUACAAUCGCGAACCAAGAACGCUGACGCAUUCGGGGCUCAACGAAAUCGCGCAGCAACAGCUGCAGCCACGCCCAGCCUCUGUACAGCAAUGUGGCCCUAUCACUUACAACUAUGCGGACUCACGAUCGCCGCUGGUUCGAGAUAACAGCUCUGUCUCCUAUAGAUAUGAAAGAAUACUUCAAUAAGGGUGGCCGAAUGUCACAAAACAGAGAUAAAGUCAACAUACUUCGUCGAAGUUGAACGAAUUGUACAUAGACACAGACCAAUAACAAUUCAUUAAGGAUGAGAACGAUACGAAAAGUAUAAACUAAAACGACCCAUUUUCGAAGAUUGCUCAACGCCUAUAUAUCGACGACAACAAUAUGCCAUCAGUUAUGUAGUAAAAUACCGGAACAGAUAAGCAAAACGUGCCGAUCCCGCCAACAAACUCACUACGUCGACUGAGCGAUAGCUUGUCGCGCGACAACGAAGAUCGAACUAAUACCAUAGAACUACAUGGCCUGUCAAAACAACUACGAUUACCAUCCAUUAUUAUAAUCUAGCGAUAAUAAUAACAGAAGUAACGCCAAUUAAAGAAAAAAUCGAUACAAAUACGCGCAGCGGAGCUAAGGUCGUUAAGAGCAAACUAUACUAUUUUAGUGUGCGUUCACACUGGAGGCGACGGUCGACGGCGACCUACGAACGACCAUUGUGUCACACUGGCACUUUAGUAGCAGUUAACAUUGCCCUAUUAGAAUAUGCCCAGCAUCACUAGAACGACAAAACAGCUUCGAGCUGACCGCAGCGCGUCGACAACAAUGUCCAGAACCCGCAAAUUUACCGCACCUCAUAUGACCACAUGGAACAGGGCUCGAUGCCAAACACCUAUCAGUCCGCCGACCCGCAGUAGGUGGCAGAGGCUGAACCUGAUCAGCCCCCGUUUAAUGACACCGAGCAGA